AUGAGAGCAUACUGGUAUGAUAACCAGCCGGGUGACCAGCGUGAACCCCACGAUUCCGGCCGCUCCGUCUCGGAAUCCUAUCUUGCCUCCAUCGGCGUCUUCUACCGCCACUGUCCCACCAUCGAGUCGGUUGAUGAGCUUGCCGCCGAACGGGGCUACAAGAACCGCGAUGAAGUGAUCGUCUCACCGCAGACGAUGGGCGAAGCAUACGAAUCGAAGGUGAAAAUGUUCUUCGCAGAACAUUUGCAUGAAGACGAGGAGAUCCGCUACAUUCGUGAUGGCGAAGGUUACUUCGAUGUGCGUGGUCAGCACGACGAAUGGGUCCGCAUCAAACUCGCGAAAGAUGAUUUGAUCAUUCUUCCGGCGGGGAUUUAUCAUCGGUUUACGACGGAUGAUAAUAAUUAUGUUAAGGCGAUGCGUCUCUUCCAGGAGGAACCCAAGUGGACUCCCCUGAACCGUAGCGACGAGGUGGAUACGAACCAACAUCGGAAGUCUUAUCUGGAACAGAUUGGAAAUACCGCUGUCGCCGCAAACUAG